AUGUUAUAUCUGGAGGAUUUUCUGGAAUUACUUGAUCAAUUACCUGGUGAGUUGAGGGACAGAAGCACUGAAGUUCGAAUGUUGGACCUGCAAGCGCAGCAAUUGCACGAGCGCGCCAAUAAGGAAAGAGAUGAAUUCUUCUCUACAGGUGGUGCUCUUCCUCAUGAUGUUAAAGUAAAGCGCUACAAUGAAAUCUUAGAACUCUAUGCGCAAGCGAAAGCUCUUUCGGAUGAAAAAGUGGCAAUCUUGGAUGUUUGCCAUUCACUUUUGCUGAAAUAUAGCCAAAAGUUGAACAAAGAAAUAUUGCAUUUCAAACUGGAACUUGAAGCUGAUAAUCCUGGCAUUACUGAACAAAUUGAAAGAAAAUUCAAUGAGAUAGAAAAAAAUCUAUUCCUUCAACGCAAAGAACGAAGACGCAGAUAUCGGGAAGUCAAUGUCAAUCUUGCGAAUAUGAUAAACGGCAACUCAAAUCCUUUGUCGGAAACAUCGAUCACUGGGCAGUUGAAUGAUACGUGUGAAAUUGGAUUGGAUAUGAGUACUCAGACUCAACAAACUGGAAGUCAUUCAUUACUUCCUGCAGCGGGGGCACGCGAUGUUGAACCUGGACCAAGUUGUAGUCGAGCUAACAAUUCUAUUAGUGAUCGUGAUUCUGAUUUGCCCCCGCUGAAGGUAAUCGUGAGACGCUCACUUGUCACUCCUCAAAAAAUGAUCGGUAUCAAUAACGUUCAUUCGCCUGCUGCAGUACAUGCUCAGUCUAUAGCAGGCAGCACUUGUGAUCGUGGUGAUGAUUGGAACAGUCCAAGUCAAACUCCAUCUACUUCUUCGCAAGUACAGUUCUCAGUGCAUCCUCCGAAAAGUUCAAAUCCAAGUGUCUUUACCGCAACAUCUGGACUUGCUUCAGGACAAUCAAUGAUGUCACUUGCCGUUCAGGAAAGUCGACACGGCCGUCCAAGAAAGUUAACAUCUAGAGCUCAAGAAAUGCUAUACACUAUGCAACGCCAUGAACGUCGUGCAACAAGUCUUACUUCUUGUUCACCCGAACUAAUGCAAGGAAGCGACGAUGAAUCUGAUUCAGACCGACGCGUAUGGUGUUUCUGUCGCGAAAUAAGGUAUGGUUCGAUGGUCGCUUGUGAUGAUCCAGAAUGUCGUUAUGAGUGGUUUCAUUAUGGCUGUGUUAACGUCAUCGAAAAACCCAAAGGAAAAUGGUACUGCCCGGAAUGUGCACCAAAACAUUCGGGGUCUGAAAUGACUGCUAUAAGCAAAAUAUAA